GGCCCCAGGCCAGGGGUUAUGAACUCUUGAUGUACUAACUAAUACUUCUUCACUCAAAAUACAAUGUCAUGUACUCGAUCGUUGUUCUCUACCAACUCUACUUUUGCUAGAGACCUCAUAACCUGAUCCAUUUCACUCUAUUUUCCUGCACACGAUGCAGUUUGGAAGUGCUGGAGCCUGUAACAGUGCCGCGGAGUUGUCGGCCGUCGUCAAAGACCUUGAUGGGACUGUUUUGCUUGUCGAUUCAAUCACCAGUCAGUUGCUGCAUUGGUGGAUUGGAGAAGGCGUAUGGCUGUGUGACGCUGUACGCGUUCUCGAUAUUGACGAUAAGGAUGUAGCGAGAAAACUUCAGGUUGUUGGAGCUGCACGCAAGGUGGUGUUCGUGACGGGGCGCCUGCUGUACGGCCAACGCCUGCAGCUGAUCCAACGCCUCCUGUCACGGAUAUGCUCGGUGGCCCCGGCGUGCACACAGUGUUCCGUGUACUGCACUCUGCCGAGCUCCGCGCACGCCAGCACCACGUUGGACGGCGAUGAGGAUGGCAGUGGCGGAGCUGGCGAUCCGUUCGACACGAUCGCCAAUCAGCUGCGCCUAACCAUGCAGAGGACGUCACGUCGAGAGCGAGUAAGAACUGUGGAGGCACGGGUCCUGCACCUUCCUGUCAUGCUGGCACCCGUCAGUCCCGAGGUGUUCUUCACGCCGGCGCACGGCCACCUGCAGUCACUGUUGCCGACGGACGUGGCACGAAUCAAUGCCUUUCUGUCAUCUCAGCACGAUCAUCGACAAGCCAGCACUCUGCCUGGUCUGGAAAUGAACAUGCUGCCAGGAAGUGCACAGCGGCACUUGAAGUGUGUUGCACAUGGCUUCUCCGAGCUGUUCCGCACCCUGAACGUGCAGGAGCACUGCUUCUCUUUGGGCCCGACAAGCCGACUCGUAGCCGCCGAGCUGGCAUCCAUGCCCGACGCGAGAGGCCGCCAUAAGGUUGCCACAAGCUCCGCAUCCGUGCUCUUUGUUGAUCGCUCCCUGGACUUGUCGAGCGCUCUCUCAUGCAAUGCGGAGUCUCUCGCGGAUACUGUCCGUGCCUCCUUGGCACCUCUUCCAGGCCAUGAUGUGGAUGUAGCGGUGGAUAUGUCCUCCCUACUCAACGUUCACAGUUCAUGCCGGCACUGUGUUGCAUCAGGGUGCCUCGCCCAUCCAGCCAAUCCUACAGCGCAGAGUCUCGUUUCGUCUUUCGUUGGCCGCAAGUCUAAGGAUGCUCUGACGGAGCUGUCUCGUCGCCUUGUGGACGCCAUAGCGCAGGAAAAGCUGCCUAUGGACGCGAGGCGGAUGUCCGCGAUCUCCCCAGGCUUACUCCAAAGUCUCAUUGGAAAGUUCCGACUGCAGCCACGGUCCAUUGCUCGGCACAGUGCACUUCUGCAGGUUGCGAUGGCGGCUGCUCUCGCCCUGGAAAGCGAGACCACCGCCCAGCUCCAGCGCUGCCUGAGCGUGGAGAAGGUGGUGCUCUUGACUUUGGCGGAGGAAGGAGUUGGCGCUGCACUGGACCAGCUUCUAACUCACAUGCAAAGUGCACUGGAUGGCAGAGAGAGUCUUGGUGUAGAGUAUUACCUUCGCCUGGUCAUCAUACUGUACUCAGCAGCCGGCAGUGCCGUACAAUCAAUCACCUCGGGCAGUAAAGCCAGCCUUCAGGAAUGCCUGGAAAAGCUUAUCCUGCACGCAGUGGAAACGAGCGAUGCGAGCAUUGUCAAACUAGUUGGGGAGAAGCAGAAUAGUGACAGUAUUCGUUUGUUUGUGAGAAGCUUCUUCACACAGCUACAAGGCAUCGCCGAGGCAAGAAGUCAUCUGAAAAUGUUCAGGAAUGUAUCUGGUGCUACCACAGGUUCUCUUCUGAAGCAGCUCGCAGAAGCGCUAGCUGCCCCGGAUAAGCCUGAACUUCCUGACGUAGAAUACCAUUCCCAGUACAUGCGGAAUCUUCUAAAAACUGGCUUCAGUCUGUUCAUGGGUGGUUCCAAGCCGCGGCCGUCCGAUCACCAGCUACUGAUCAUCUAUGUUGUCGGUGGCCUAACGUGCACGGAAGCCAAAGCCGUCCGAGAGCGCUUCUCCUCAGCCAGAUCGGACAUACAGGUUGUGGUCGGAGGCACACAGCUGGUGACUGCAUCCUCGCUGUUGCAUCAACUCUGCUGCUCUGAUUCGUUGCACGACGCGCACAUCUAACAACGGGGACACCCGGGUAAGACGCGUGUUGCCGAGGACGCAGCAACGUGCAUUCGUACGCCCUUGGUAAGGGAUUUUCCCGGCGUGUGUGUGUGCGUGUGUGUGUGUGUGUGUGUGUGUGUGUGUGUACUAUCGUUAUGUCAUGCCUCACCCCGGUAGUAUGCGUUAUUGGUCGGUGGAGCCAUGGCAGAGUAUUGUGCAACCUUUCUGGACGCACUGGCAGAGGAAUGAACUCGUCUUUUGGCAUUGCCACUAUACUCCUUCUCACUUGCCUUGCUGUGCAUACCUUAGAGCAGCUGUAUGCAUAUUCGUUGCGUUUGUCACCACUCCCCCCCCCCCCCACACACACACACCCUUCACUGCAUAUCCGCCUUUCAUUGAAUGCAGAACCUCCAUAUCUUGUUCUCGCAGCAUGUCUCGUUCUCGCAGCCUAUAUUUACCAAGAAUACUCAAUUUCACGUCCUAUUCCUGUUUAUAUUCGCCUUCCGGUCGUACUGUAGAAAUCAAGCGCUUUCUAGGUGUACCAUUGUUUACACCAGGUAGUAGUAGUAAAACCUGGUGGAUACUUUGCUACUCCCUGCCUUCUGUACUUCCCUGAUGCAUCUCACACUUCUUGAAGUAAUAUAUUUCUCCGUUGCUUAGCCCAUGGGGCACAUGCAAUUGCCUGUGGAACGUUGCCUUGCCAGAAUGGAUGUACGUUUGAUGAACGUGCCUGCUCUAUUCAGUCCUUCACUUCCUCGCCUGUUUGUAUUGUUUUAUCAUGUCCUUGAAAGUGAUUGUUUUACUCAA